UUUGGAGCAAAAAGUUGGAGGCUUAUGUUUAAAACUUCCAAUCUAGAAGAUAGACGUGUUUUUCAGUUCGUAUGCGUGCAAAGACGGUGUCGUAAACGCCCAGAGAGAAGAUAUUUUCGCCAUGCAAAUGUGUUUUGGAAACAUUGGCUCGUUGGAUGUCGAAAAAGCUGCUAAUGUUUAACGGUUGCUCUUCCUACACUGUCUGGAGUUAUGAUAGAGAAAGAAGUAACAGUUGAGUGCGGCACUGAUGUGUUGGUUAGUUUUGGAGAGUCACUGCAUAUUUACACAGGGCUGUUAACAGUGUCUACUGUAUGUGGAGGGUUAUCGGGAAUAUUAGCCGCUGCUCUUCUAUAUGUGUUCUGCCUGAAACCUUUGCUUUUGACCAGGCAGGGUUAUAUUGCACGGCGGCUGCUUGAACCUGACGAUGGAGAUCUGGAAAACAUUCAAAGAGACUGUGUCAGCAACAGCAGAAAGGAGGUUCCAAGUGUUACCGAUAAUGAAAAAGAGAAGAAGCAGCCACCCAUAAACAGUGAUGUUGCUGCAUUUGCAUCCAGAGCAAAGGUGGUUUAUCCUAUCAACCAAAAAUAUAGACCACUUGCAGAUGGAGCUUCCAAUCCAUCCCUACAUGAGCACUCCAAGCUUCCAGCCAUGCCUAACGAGGAGUUGUCCUCCUCCACGGAUGGAGAGUCUCUGAGCCAAGAGCAGGAGAAUGACGACAGCAGUCAGUUUAUCUCCUCCACACUUGUCCCCAAGAGCCUUCAGAACCAGAGCUUCACCAGGGUCUCUCACUACCCUCACACACUGACACAACCAAGUUUUGAAGGUAGGAUCAGCCUUUACUGUUUGGCCCUGCAGGAUAUACAGCAAUAUUGCUCCCAGCUUCAGGAAGAAAAAUAUCAAGUAUACCUUCGGAUGGUGAAAGUAAUAUUCAGCCACCGUUUUCCAAAAGACAAAAAUGAUGCAGACUUCUCCAAGAAAAUUGUUCAAAUGCAAGAAAAGGAACUGAAUGAUCUGAUGAAACAGUUGCUGGCAGGUCACACUGCCAAUGAGAAAAAUGAUGAUGCUCCCUGUACUUUGGAAGAAAUCGAGAGAUCUCAAAAAGAUCUAGUUGAGCACGGCCUUCAAGUGUCUAGACAUUUCAGUAAACAGGUGGAAGACUUGUGCCAGCAGCUGCUGAAGAAAACCAGCAUUUUCUCUCAGGAUGAAUCCCAGGAGGUGAUUCAUUCUCUUAUCCAGACCCUCUUGUUUGUAGAGAACCACCUGAUGAAUGCUCAACAAGCUGAGCUAAAGAGAAUCCAGCAGAAGCUGUUGUGGUGGGAGGAGCUGACAGGGCUCCUUCAGUCCCAACCUGCUUUGCUGAAGCGGGAGAUGUCUCUGAGGCAGGGCUUGAUAGCAACAACAUUAGAGCAGCUGACGAGUGAUGACAUCCUGACCUUUAGCCAAAUGGAAAAAAUACUAUCAGAGAUACAGUCAGCACUGACUGAUGGCCUCCAGCAGUGUUCUGAGGAGUGCAAGAGGAAGACAAAGGAGUUGGUGAAUGACAAGUGCAGCAGACUGGAGUCCAAGAGGAAAAAGCUUUUGAGGAGCCAGGCCAAAGAGAGGAGUCGAGCCCCAGAACUGAAAGAGAAUCACACUGACCUGCAGCUAGUCACUAAGGUGCACCAAGAGAUGCUGAUGAAACACAGGCAUCAGGUUUGUGACUUGGAGCUGCAGCAGGACGACAGGAUGACCGAAGCCCUCUGUGAACAUUGGAAGAAGCUCCGUACCUCCUGGUCAAAGAGGCUGGGGGAGCUAGUUAAGGACAUUUUUCUCACGUCUGUCCCUGCUCAGUCAGAGCUCUCACUUGAGCGCUGUAUAGAGCUGUGGUCGGAUCUGGAGGAGGAGCUGGAUGCACAGUUGGAGCAAGAAGAGUGCGCUACCAAGAUGCAACUGGAGGACAUGAAGACUCAGCUGGAUAAAGAUGGACAGGUGUGGAAUGAGGAGAUGUCUCUGGUUCAGGCCUGUCUCAGACAUCUGAGUGAACAGCAGAUGAAGAUCAUACGAGACAUGUUAGCAAGACAGAGCUACACACUCAACAGCCAAGUAGCAAGCUUGAUAGAGAAGAAACACGAGCACCUGUUGGUAGCAGUGCAGAGGUACUUUGUGGUCAGACACUUCGGUCUGCACAUGCUGAAAGAGAUGAGGCUCUCAAAACUGAAAGCACUCUCUCAGACUGAUUUCAGAGCUGAGCUAAUGGAAGACCCCAACAAAACCCAGAGCUGCAUUGAUUCAAUUAUCAAGACUAGUAGUGCCAGCCUAGCAGAGAGACAUUUGGGUCCAGAGAGUCAGCUGGUGGGCCAUAGUUUCCAUCAGGAAUUUCUCUCUGAACUAGAAACAGGGACAGAGCUUCUUCAGAGCCACGCGCAGCUGGUGCUGGGCAACACUCUCAGCCAUGCCAUUCAACAGAAGAUAGAGACUUCUCACACUGAGUUAGAGAGCACUCAGAAACUUGACAAUGGACUGAAGCACCACCUGAUAGAAGCAGCCUCAGAAAGUGUGUAUAUAACCAAAGAUUCUCUCACUGCACUCGUCCAAAGCUAUUAUUCCCACCUACAGGACAUUAUCAAACAAUUACAAGAGGAUCUGCCAAAUUUAAUCAAAGAGGAGAAUGAGAAAGAAGAGAGCAGCAGUCAGCUGAGUAAAGCCUUGCUAAGGGAGCUAGUGAACUGGGGCAGGAAACCCACCUCUGCUGAGUUCCAGCAGAGGGUUGAACACCAAAAAAGGAAGGUUUUGGAGCUAUGUGAGCAGGAACAGGAAAAGAUCUAUGAGGAACUGAGGCAUAAGAGAGUAAUCCAGGAUCAGACUAUGGAGAGGAUCAAAGCACAGCUGAUGGUUAAUGAGACUGAAGAAAACUUUAUAACUGAGCUUGCAGCAUUGGCUCGGAUUACACUACAUAGUCCAGAUUCAGAAGCCAGCGAUGAUGAGAACAACACUGGCACUGAGCAGAGCACUACCAUAAUGGACCUGCUUUCCCGGAACCCAGCUUUGGACCCAGCCUUAAAUCCUUCACUGACUCCAACAUAUAUAGCUCCAGUGGUGAAAUCAAAACCAAAGAAAAGAGCACAAGAAUCUCAUCACAACUGAUACCUAAACAAUAUACAUCCAUGUAUUAUAUAUCCUCCUUCUUCCUAUGAUAAUGGGCAAUUUCCAUUUUCUUUCUAAAAUUGGGACUUAUCUCACUGUCUUAGUUUUCCAUUAAUAGCAAGUUAAAAUCAGUUGGUUUCCUGAGAAUGCAACUUUCUUUCUUUUCAUCCCUAAAUAAAUUUAAGUUAACCGAGAGGGGACCAUACAUCUCUGACGGCCACUCCCACAGACUGUUCAUCUGAAAUGGCGUAUAUCUCAGAAAGGAAGUGCCAUAAUUUGGCGGUACAAUGACAUUUCCCCUUUAAGAUUUAUUUUUUAAGUUUCACUUUAUAAUUAAACAAUUUCAGGAAGUUACAUUCAUGAAAUAAUCACAUUGAAAACAUUACAGAGUAAGAAACAUUUCAUUCAUAAAAUAGAAGGAAAGAAUCAGGUCUAACCUGGUUUUCAGUUAUGUACAGACCUGUUAUAGAAGAAGUUAAACCAUGGCUUGGUUUAGCUUUGUCAGCUUUGGCUAAAGUUAAAGCUAGGUUAGCUACUUAAUUGACGUUACUACAUAAGCCAUCGUAGCUUAGUUAGUUUUAGCAAUGUGAGCAUUAGCAAAUGUGGCUAAAGCUUAAGUAGCUAUGUAGAUAACUUAUCUACAUAUCUUACAUAGCUGCUUUGUCAGCUUAGGUUUAGCUAAUUAGCUACGAUAGCAAUGUAGCUCUGUAACAUAUAUUACAGAGUAAUAUGUAGUAUUUGAAAUAAUCAAGUAGUAUGUAGUAUUAUCAAAUGUAGCUAAAAGCUUACAUAGCUGCUUUGUGAGCAUAGUUUUAGCUACAUUAGCUAUGUAGCACAAUCACCUUUGUAGCUCUGCUAGCUUUGUAGCUUUCAAAGCUAGCAGAGCUAUGUAAGCUACACUUGUUGUGUUAGAAUAUUUGACUUGAGGACAAGCUUUUUUCCUGUAAGCGGACUGCUUACUCAGAUAGCAUUUAUUUCUGUUCUGAGAUACACUGUGUCUUAGAUGGACAGUCUGUGAGAGUGGCUGUCAGAGAUGACAGCUAUAUUCUUGGCUCAAUAAUAAUUUUCUGGUAAGCAAGCAAUAAGCUAGUCACUGUGAUAGGCCAGACAAAUUAAUGAUUUAAGUUCAGUCUUUUUCUCUGCUUGUUUUGUGCUUUUAUGACUCUAGGGAUAUGAUAUAAAUAAGUUAGGGUCUUAAGGAAAAUGACAAAUUAAUCCACGGAAAGACAGUAUAUAAAGUUAUGAAUGCUUGUCCACCCUGGGCUACUGUACUUAAUGCAAUAGUAAAACAUUACUGUUGCUAUGCACUGUAAGUAAGUAAAGUAGAGUGGGCUUAAUUUUAUUAAGCAACAAUUAUACUGCCCUCAUUUGUAUGUACUGGUCUAACCUGUAUCCUAUGUUUUGUGCUCUAAAUGUGUUCUUGAAGUUGGUCACUGCAAAGUGUCAAGUUAUUUUUCUCUCAAAUCUCUU